UGUUUGUAAUGGCACAAUGGUAAAAUUGCUUCUUUCCUUUUACAGGUAAAACGAAGUGCAUUUUGGCACUCUAAGGUGUGACAUUGUAGUUGAUGAUUUAAUUCUCGUAGAGGCAAAAAUUAGGUUACUUUUCCUAAUCCAAUCGAGAGCAGAAGGCAUAAUUUUUAAUUAGUAAAACUGUCGAGUAAUAUUGGUUUUGUGAACAAUUUGGGAGGGAAGAAGUACAUUGAUGGCAUAUAAAUAUGUGGAGCCACAUGACAAAUAGACAAUGUAGAUACAUGUGGCUAAAAGAAGCUAUGUUUCUUUGCUCUUCUAUCCCAACUAGAAGAAACUGCUUCUUCAUCUCUGCCACAAAUAUCCCAUUUUCUUCAUCUCCAAAUCCUCCUUUACUACUCAGAUUUCAUACUUCUCACCGUGAAAAUCUCCGUUAUCUAAAAUCUCUUGGCAUUAUCAAGCCUGGUACGAAGACCUAUAAAACAACCCCAUCAACAGAAUCCCUUUCCCAAAUUUUAUCCACUGUCAACUUCCUCAAUUCUAAAGGCUUCUCCCAGGCUGAUAUAUCCAGAAUUGCUCUUGUUUGUGACCAUGUAUUUUCUCCUGAAUUUAAUGUUGAGUCUGUAUUUGAUUUCUUUAAGUUUGAUUUAGGUGCAACCCCAGAAGAAACUCAAGGUUUAAUUCUUCGAUGCCCUCAAAUUCUUGAAUCCAAUGUCCCCUUCUGUUUGAGACCAACAUUGCUUUAUCUUAAAGAAUUAGAUAUUGGAAACUUGAACUUGCCAACAAACCUAAAUGCUCAUCUACUGAAUACCCGAGUGGAUAAAUUGCAAGAAAAAGUUACAUUUUUUAAGGGAAUUGGGUAUUCUUAUGAAGAAUCAGCCAAGUUUUGUGCUAGAUUUCCUGCUAUAUUUGGUUAUAGCAUUGAACACAACUUGUGGCCAAAGUAUGAGUAUUUGGUUGAGGAUAUGAAGAGGGAUCUUGAGGAACUGAAACUGUUUCCUCAAUAUUUUGCUUUCAGCCUUAGAAACCGGAUAGUUCCUAGACAUCUGCAUCUCAAGGAAAGAAAUGUUAUAAUUCCGUUGAAAAGAAUGUUGCUGUGGAGUGAUCAAAGAUUUUAUGCUAAAUGGAAAUGAUUUUCUUAUACAUAGCGUUGUAUCUGUAUUUUUUCUUUGAAGUGACCCAAUUGUCUAGUGGUGAAA